AUGUAUAGGAAUAAGACCUUUGAGGAUGGCGUUUUUAAUGAUCAAUGCGAGUUGACGGACAGCAUUGCCAACCACAGCUCCUCGUGUCCGUUUGGAUAUGAAUACCAAGGCGGGAAGAACGUGUCGUUUGUUUCGGAGGGUCACUAUGAUGUAAAAAUUGUGCUGAUGAUGGAGAUAUUUCCUGCACGAAUGAGGGGUAACGUGAUCAUUCUGGACGGAUUGCUGUGGGGGGUGGGAAUCACUGUAUUAGCCGGUCUGGGUUACGCUUUUGAUGGGCUGAACUGGCGCCAUGUGCAGCUGAUGAUGUUACCGCCAUUUGUUGUCAUCAUAGCCUACUUCUUCCUUAUAGAUGAAUCCAUACGAUGGUUAAUAGCGAAUGGAAAGUACAAAAAAGCUCAGAAAAUCCAGGAAAAAAUUGCUAAAAUGAACAGAUAUAAGCCAAAACCGGUAGUUGCUGGUGAAGACUCUGUGUUCAUGUUCGACCAACAACUCCCAGUGCUUCCCGAAGGAGAGAUCCCCACGGAGAAACAUUCUCAGGCCCAGGAUACGGACGUCGUUGUGAAAUACAACGUCUUCGGCAUUCUGAAACACAAGAAGUCCAGAUUUCUUCUCAUAGGAAUGUGUUUUGUGUGGUUUACCAACAGCCUGAUUUACCUGGGCCUCUUCAUGAUGACCACUGCCAUGUCCGGAGACCGCUUGCUGAACGUCCUGCUCAGCGCUGCCGUGGAGAUUCCCGCCAUGGGUGGCACCUAUGUCUGCAGCAGAUGGGCCGCGGGACUGGGGAUAUCAUCGGGAUGUGCCAGGAUAGGAUCCAUCAUGGCUCCCUUCUCGUCAUAUGUGUUCCGAAAGGCCGCCUGGGCGCCCGGUGCAGUGUUCGGAAGUCUCAGCCUGCUUGUCUCAAUAUACCUGCUCUUUGUUCCGGAAACACGUCAUCGGGAAUUGCCACAAACACUUGCAGACAUUGACCUGUGGUUUACAAAGACGGGUCCGGAAGCCGAUGUAUUAGCUACUGACCAGAAAUGUGUCGAACCAAUCAGCGAGAAUAGGUCAGACACAAACGCAGUACGCCACGCUUCAGACAAGCGGAAGUCAUAG